AAUCAGAUCAAAGCAGCAUGGAAAUUGUUUUGUAUUGUCAAAGUAUAUACACAGCUCUUUAAAACGUGACUAAAAAAUAAUUAUUUCAAGUUAAUAACAUUAAAAAUGGAAGCUUCAACAAGUAAAUCGGAAUCUACUCCAAAACAAACGAUGGUUUACGUUUGUGGCGAAUGUCAUCGUGACAAUGAAAUUAGGCCUCGAGAUGCUAUUCGUUGCAGAGAAUGCGGCUACCGUAUAAUGUACAAAAAACGUUCAAAACGAUUUGUUGUAUUUGAUGCUCGCUGACAAUGUACCAUAAGAUAUCUACGGUAAGGACUCAACUAUAACUAGGAAUACUAUAAAUAUAUGUAAAUCUUCUCACCAAUAUAUAAAUAUUUUCAAAUAUAUUAUUGAUUAUUUUAACUAAA